AUGUGCAGACGGAAAGUCAGCACGUUGCGCAGGGACAUAGGCGCGAUUCUCAUCCUCCUCUCCGCCCUCUCGUCCCUCAACUUCUCUCAGUUUUGGAUCAGCUCCUUCCUAGCGGAUCGCGAGCUGACGACGCUGCAGGCAGCAAUCAGCUCAGAUUGCACUCUGAUGCAAAGUACUCGGGACAUUCUACAGGCGAACUUCGUUGACUGGACGGGUAGAUCGAGGAAUAUACAGCAGCUGGCAACGUGCAGAGCUGAGGGAACGUUGACCGAUCGUCAGAUGAUUGACGGAGACACUUUGUCGGACGUUCUGAGGAGACUGGAUGACAAGUACACAAGACUUGUGUCAGAGACAGAGAUGAAGACAAUGAUGCGGCAGUUCGACAACCUUGGUGCUGGUAUGGUCUUGUCAACCAUGACAGUUGGCGAGAAGGGGGCAGACAGAGUGGAGAGUUGCGCAGGAGGAGACUUGUUCGUUGGAUACACGACUCGCGAUCAAGACGGUCUGCGUCGCGGGGAUCAAGUUGUUGGAAUCAACGGACGAGAUAUGAGGUGCCGUUCAAGGUUUGAAGCAGCGGAACUGUUGCAGACUUCGUCUGGGAUGAUGGAACUUGAAGUCAUCCGAGAGGGAAAGUCAGUACAAAACAAUCUCUUACUCCCUCAGCGCUCCUCGGUCUUUGCAACACGACACAAGACGGGGAGAGCAGCGCCCCUCUACCAUGAAGUCAAGCAGGUCAAGGGCAGGAAGGUAGCAUACGUCAAGGUCCCGCAGUUCACCGCUGGUGUUGCCCGAUCCUUUGACGCUGCUCUCGCAGAGGUGGAGGGUCAGGAUGUUGAGGCGCUAGUGCUCGAUGUGCGAGGGAACAAGGGCGGCCUUGUGUUUGAGGCGCAGCAGAUUGCUGGUUUGGUGCAUGGGGAAGGGAAGCCGUUUGUGCGAGUGAUUGGGAAAGGGGGGAGGAGUUGGAUGCUGAAGACAGAAGGCCUCGUUGACAAGAGAUCAGAUUUGUUGGCCAGCGACAUUCCGGUCGUUGUCCUGGUUGAUGAGGAGAGCGCGAGCGCUAGCGAGUUCCUUGCAGUCUCGCUGAGAGAGGAGAGGAACGCGAAGGUCUACGGCAAGAAGACCUUCGGCAAAGCUCUUGUUCAAGGUGGCAAGGGAAAGGAUUGGAUCCCGAUUCUGUAG